UAGCUCGUAUAGUGCAGCAAUGGCAUUAGCAGCAUCAGGAGGUUAUUUUGCACUUGGAUUCAGAAGAAUUGAAAUUAUUCAAGUUAGGCUGCGAACAUCCAAUUAUAAACCUCCUUUGAGUAGAGCUGAUAAGAUUUCUCGUGAAGAUGUUGGCUAUCGUCUUACUGAUGGUAAUAUUGCUGCUAUUGACUUUGGUACUACAUCAGUGUCACUGGCUUAUACUACCAAAGGAGAUGAUGAAAUCACCAGUUUUAAGCUUGACACAGAAGACAAAUCUACACGUGUUCCUAAUGUUAUUCUACUGAAGAAAGAAGGAGGAAGGACGGUAUCGGUAGAAGCUUUUGGCAAUGUUGCCAGAUCACGAUUCACUUUAAUGAGAAAAAAUGACCAUCCAAAUUACAUCUAUUUUGAGAGGAUUAAGAUGUUGAUGAAAAGAGAAGAGAGUGUUGAUAGAAAUACAUUAGUUGAGUCAUUCUCUGGUGAGAAGUACUACCUUGUUGAAGUUAUUGCAUUUAUACUGAAGUAUCUGAAGGAUCAACUCAUUGAUCAUUUUAAGCCCACUGUCAAGCCAUUGAAGACAACAGAUUUUGAUUGGGUCAUUACUGUACCUGCUAUAUGGAAUGCACGAGGAAAAAGAAUGAUGAGAGAAGCUGCUUAUUUGGCUGGUUUAAUGACAGAAUUUGAUGGUAUUAGCAGUUUCACUCAUGCAGCUCUUCCUCUUCCAAAAGAAAUUAAUCCUGACAGGCUGUCAUUAGCAUUAGAGCCUGAAGCAGCUGCCCUUUAUAGCCAGGAAACAGUGGGAGACCAGAUUGAAAGUGAUCCAGUCACAGCAAUUAUCGAACGUCCUACAGAUUACAUGGUGAUAGAUGCUGGUGGGGGCACAAUAGAUAUCACUGCUCACAUUGAUGUCGAUGGAGGUAUUGUAGUUGAGAAUAUACCCACUGGCAAUGCAUGGGGUGGCACACAGGUCAAUGAAGCUUUUUCUCAAUUUUUGCAGCGUAUAGUUGGUGAUCCUGGGUUUAAAAAAUUCUUCGAUACAGAGCAAAGGCCUCAGCGUAUGGCUGCAUUAAAUAAUAUGCUAUACAAUGAUUUUGAAAAGCAGAAAGUUCUUUUUGGUCAACAAAAAUCAAUCGAAAUUGCCAUUAAUUUGCCAAAAAUGUUCGUAAAACAUUAUGAAAAAGCACUAGCAAAAGGAGUGAAGAAUGUACCCGGAGUUGACUAUGAUGAAGAUAUGAAUGAUACCCUAUUUGUAGAAAAAAAUGUAGCAGAAUCUCAAUUGUUUGGUCCAGCAAUCAAAGGUAUUAUCGAUUGUACACUAAAAGCUGUUGAAGAGAAUGGAUAUAAAGUUUACACUUUCUAUUUGGUUGGGGGAUUUGGAGGCUGCAAGAUUGUACAUGAGAAAGUCUCUGCUGCUAUAAAAAGGGCUUAUGGUUCCAAAGGUCGUUCUUGUAAUGUGAUAGUGCCUCCUACUCCUCAAUUAGCUGUUGCCACAGGAGCUGCUAUGUGGCGUAGGAAUCCAGAGAAGAUUAAAGCAAGGCGAUCAGAUGCUACAUAUGGGAUAGGAGUGUCUGCACAAUUUGAUGAAGAGAAGCAUGAUGAGCAUUACAAGUUUUAUCAUGAUGAGCAAAAAGAAUACAAGUGCGGUCAUAUUUUUAAAGUGUUCUUAGAAAAAGGGGAACUAGCCAAAUCCAAUGAAGUUAUUACUGCUUCUAUAACGCCUUCACGACAAAGCCAGACUAAUAUGCAUUUUGAGAUAUACUCCACUCCUGAUCUUGGAGUUCAAUACACUAAAGACAAAAAUGGCAAGAGCACGGUUGCAGUGAUUGGCCAACUAGUCAUUGAUAUUCCUAAUCCUGAUAAUUUGCCCAGAGAAAAGCGUCAUGUUGAUGUCACUAUGGAUUUUAGUGGUACAGAGAUUCAAGCUAAAGCAAAGUAUCGUAUCACUGGAGAAGAAGUUAAAACCGUUUGCGACUUUCUUUCUGCUCAAUAAAAAUAUUCUAUGGAAAACACCAUUAGCGUAGUUGUAGCAAAACUGUAUAGGUCUAAUAAAUUGGAAUCUACUAGUAUCAAUAAGUUUGCGGAAUUUUUUGAUUACUAAUUUAAGUAAUUAUUUUAAAAACUUAAA